UAGGCUCGCCCCAGACCUGGGAGCUGAGCUGUGAGGAAGAGGGAAAGCACCCGGGCGGGCGGACUCCAGGAGCCGCGGGGAGCGGCGACGCUCCGUGAGUGAUCUCCGGGACCCGGGAACGGAGGCGACCGAGAGAAGGAGGGUGAAGUUGGACGGAGACACUAAGGCGCAGGAUUGCAGCUCGGUUACUGAUGGCUUCCCCUAAAAUUGCUUCCCUCUCUUGGGGGCAAAUGAAAGUGCAAGGCUCUACCUCAACCUACAAGGAUUGCAAAGUAUGGCCCGGAGGCAGUCGGGCUUGGGACUGGAGAGAAACAGGAACUGAGCAUUCCCCUGGGGUGCAGCCUGCAGACGUGAAGGAAGUCGCUGAGAAGGGCGUGCAGACCCUGGUGAUCGGCAGAGGGAUGAGUGAGGCCCUGAAGGUGCCACCAUCCACCGUGGAGUACCUGGAGAAACAAGGCAUUGAUGUGCGGGUCCUCCAGACGGAGCAGGCGGUGAAGGAGUAUAAUGCCUUGGUUGCCCAAGGGGUCAGAGUGGGAGGCGUCUUCCAUUCCACCUGCUGAUGGAGUCCACCGAGGGGAAUAAACCACCAAGCAUCGAUGCCUUGCCUGUCUGUCUUACCGUUCUCCACUGCAGCCUCCACUGUGCAUUCUGAGCAUGGGGUUUAUGUCUGGGGAUGGAUUGACAGAAGACUAAGGCAGAGUUCCUGCCCUUGUGGUUGCUCAGAUCAGAAAGCUGCUUACUGAAUUCAGUAGUGCAGUCUGUGUUAGGUUCAUACAGAAAAGGUUGGAAAAGUUCAGAGCAUUAAAGGUCUCAUCACAGUUGA